AUGGAAAUGAAUAUAAAUAAGAAUAUAGAUGAAUCAUUGAAAAUUUCCAAGUUAGGCGAUGAUGAAAAUGAUUUAGAAGGAAACAACGAAGAAAAUGUUCAAGAAAAAACGAAAUUAUUAAACUUACAUGUAGAGGAGAAAAAACAGGAAACAAAAUAUGAAAAAGAAGAGGUCCAAGAGAUACAAGAGGAAGGAGACAUAAAAGAAGGAAACAAUGAAGAGCAACUUGAGGAUGAAAAUGAGGAAGAACAAGAAUAUGAAAAUGAAGAGGAACAUGAAGAUGAAAAUGAAGAAGAUGAAGAAAAAAUAGAAGUAAAUAUGGAAUAUGUAGAGGAACAUAGAAAUAAAGUUAAUUUCAAUGAAAAAUAUGUGGGGGAUAAAGAAGAUUGUAGUAAUAAUUUUAAAAAUUAUUCAUCUAAUAACAAUGUUUUCACAAAUGAACGGAUAACAGAAGAAAAUAAUAAUAGUUCUUAUGAAGAGCUAAUUAACAAAAAACAACAAAACGCUGAAGACACAUUAUGUUUUGAUAAAAAUGAAAACGAAGAAAUACUAGACAAUAAUGACAAUACAAUGAAAACUAAUAUAGUUAAUGAUGGUGUAUCUGAAGAGUUAUUAAACAAGAACAAAAGAAAAGAAAAAUUUAAUAAAAAAAAAAGAAAUUUAAGUGGUAAUGAAAGUAAUGAAACAAAAAAUGACGAUACAGAUGAUAAAAUAUUAAGAAAAAAAAAAAAAAAAAUGUUACGAUUAAAAAAAAAUAAAUAUAUCGAUAAUGCAGCUGAAGAAGAAGAGAAAAAUAAAGAAGAGCAAGAUGAUGAAAUGAGUAGUGAUAAUGAUAUUAACAAAAAAAAGAAAUAUAUUUCAAAGAAAAUGGACCAUAGUGAUAUAAUUUUAGAUGAAGAGUAUGAAAUGGAAAACGACGAUUCCAAUAAAUCACAAAAGAAAAAAAAAAAUUAUUUUGAUGAAAUAUUAGAAAAUUUAAAAUUUAGAAGAAAAAGGGCACCUAAAAUUUCAGAAGACGAUGGCCUUCAGUAUUGUGAAAAUGUUUUAAAUCAAAUGAUUUUAGUUCAUGAGCAGGAUAUGAAAAAUAUGAAAGAAAGAAAACCAGCAACAUCAAAGCUUCAAAUAAUUGACGAAGUUUGCAAAAUUUUAACAAAACCUAAAUGGAAGCCUUUCUUUAUGAAGUUAAAUAUAUAUCAUGUUUUAGCAUUGUGGUUAAUGCCAACAUCAAAAAACACUUUGCCAAAUUUUACAAUUAGAACUAAUUUAUUAAAAGUCAUUCAACAGUUACCAAUAACUAUUAAGUCAUUAAGGGGAAGUCAGCUAGGAAAAAUAAUGACUUAUCUUCAUUCACAUAAAGAUGAAACAGAAGAAAAUAAAAAGUUAAUAAGAAGUAUUUUACAAAAUUGGAUGGGUCCAAUCAUAGGAAUAAAUACUAAUUAUAAGCAAUUUUUAAAAGAAAGACAAAAAAAAAUUAUGGAAAAUCCAGAAUUUCAUAAAAAGGUUCUUGAGAAAGCAAAGACUUUAAUACCAGAUUCUAUUUGUAUAGAAAAAGAAGAAGAGCAAAAUGAAUUCAAAAGACAUGCAACUAUACCUUAUAAUAGUGAAUGCUCCUUUCUAAUUAAUGUUCCUUCAUCCGUUCCUAAUUCUACUAAAAGAAAUAUUCCAAAGAGUAAAAUUAAGAGACUAACGGAUAGUAUGAAAUUAAACAAGAGAUUUAGAAAAACUCAAAAAGUAUCAAUUGAAGGUAAAGGAGUCGCCGUUGCACCUUAA